GGAGGGGAUUUCCUCCCUUUGACACAUUCAGGUACACACACAGCUCACCCCUCUCCUCUCGUGAUUUACGUGUGGCUCCAAUCAGGAUGAGGCGAUAUACAUAGUAUCCCAUUCCAGAUCGACUACCGGCAGCACUUUCUUGGCACAGUCAAGGGGUCGGACGUCCGGGGAAUCGAUGUUAUCGACGGCGGGCGAAUCCUUCCGUUCCCGUCGAGCGAUCCAAGUGAGCGAAAGGGAUUCUUCAUAAUAACUCUACAACAACGCUGUGACCAGCGACAGGCGAAAGAGGUAGAUCUUCUGAACUCCGCACUUUACAACUCGCAUCUCGUCCGCCCCAUCGUCGUCAUCAUCAGCAUCGGACAGCUCGCGAUUCGACAAACCUCGACCUAGGACCUGCGACUCCCAUCCCACUCACACUCGAUCUGAACGACGUCGAACGACCCUCAUACCCGCCCCAUCAUGACCGCCCCUGUCCCGGCAACAGCAUCUUCAUCCUCGGCCUCGGCCUCUGGAUCCACCUCAUCCCGCCCAGCCUCCCCUUCAGACUCAUCCUCGACCACAGCUACAACCCUCUCAAACCCUGCCCCAGACCCUCCCCGUACACGUACGAGGAUCUUCGUCGUAGGCCUCGGGAUGGUAGGCAUAGCCUUCAUCGAGAAGAUCCUCAACAACGAUACGGAAGGGAGAUAUCAAGUCGUCACUUGUGGAGAGGAGAAACAUUUGGCGUACAAUAGGGUCGGGUUGACAGAGUAUUUCUUGCAUAGGAACGUUGGGGAGUUGUAUUUGAACAGUCCGGAGUGGUAUAAGGCGCAGGAUCCGGAGAGGUUCGAAUUCCAUGUGGGUCAACAGGUCACGCAUAUCGACACGGCCAACAAGACGGCCUCGACCGAUACGGGCCAUACGUACGCCUAUGACAUUUGCGUGAUCGCCACGGGGUCCGAUGCGGGCAUGCCGCCUUACUGCACCCAAGCGAGGGCGAAGAAGACCAAGGGGGUCUUUGUUUAUAGGAACAUUGCGGAUUUGGAAAAGAUCAUCGACUAUGCCGAUCAGCCGCAUGUGACCCGGGCGACCGUCGUCGGGGGAGGAUUAUUGGGGCUCGAAGCGGCGAAAGCUGUUUAUGACCUCCCGACCAUCCCCGAUGUUAGUAUUAUCAACCGACAAGGGUACCCGCUUUCCAGGCAGUUGGAUAAGGAGGCGGGGACGAUGGUCCUCAGGAGGAUAGAAGAUAUGGGCGUCAAAUGCCUGACCAACGUCGACGUCUCUAGCAUGAUGACCGAACCGUGCGCCGAGGACCCGGGGAUGGAGGUCUUCAAGGGUUUCGAAUUCGUCGAUGGGGAAUGCCUCGAAGCCGACCUGGUCAUCAUGGCCGUAGGGAUCAGCCCUCGUGACGACCUCGCCCGGGCGAGUGGGAUCAAGUGUCACGCCCGGGGUGGGAUCGAGGUCGGGGACGAUCUUCAGACGUCAGCACCCGGAGUCUAUGCGAUGGGAGAGUGUGCGAGUUGGAAGGGAAAUACGUAUGGUCUGAUCGGUCCCGGGGUGGAGAUGGCGGAUAUCUUGGCGUUCAACCUUUGUCAGACAGAGACCAAGUUGGGGAAGUUCAGGCCGAGGAAGAUGAAUGCGCCGGAUUUGUCGACAAAGUUGAAGUUGAUGGGGGUCGACGUGGCCAGUUUCGGAGACUUUUUCGCCGACAAACCGUAUGGCCGUGAACAAAAGCCGCUGGUCGAAAAGUUCCCCAAGACCGUGACCAGCUCGACCUCGGCCGAUGCGCCGAUGGCCGACACCCACGUCCCCGGAGAACCCGCCCUCCCCGGCACGGACACCUGCGCUCAACAUCGUCGAAACGUCGAACGCAAGGUCAAGGUCUACGAGCCCUUGCCGGACGAACCGAUCAAGUGUUUGACGUACAAGGAUCCGUUCUCGGGGACAUACAAAAAGUUCAUCUACACGGCCGAUGGCAAGUACUUGCUCGGUGGGAUGAUGGUCGGCGACGUCUCGGAUUUCAUCAAGCUCGUCUCGAUCACCAAGAAGAAGAAGGCUUUGGAUGUCCCUCCUUCCGAGUUUAUCAUCGGGAAAAAAUCGGGUGGAGAGGAUGACGGCGCCGACCUGGACGACGACGCUCAGAUCUGUUCUUGUCACAACGUGACCAAGGGAGCCGUGGCGAAAUGCGUCAAGGAUGGGUGUGAUACGAUCGGAGACAUCAAGAUCAAGACCAAGGCCGGGACGGGUUGUGGGGGUUGCAUGCCGUUGGUAACGAACAUCUUCAACGCCGAGAUGAAAAAGGCCGGUCGAGCGAUCAGCAACCACCUCUGCCCUCAUUUCGAACACUCGCGAGCCGACCUGUUCAACAUUGUCAAGGUGAAAAAGCUCACAACGUUUACCGAGAUCAUGGAGGCCGCGGGGAAAGACAAGGACAGCAUCGGGUGCGAGAUCUGCAAGCCUACCAUCGGCAACCUGAUCUCCUCCACGGCGGGGAUCAACCGACACGUCAUGGACCCGGUCCAUCACGCCAAUCAGGAUACCAACGAUAGGUUCCUCGCCAACAUUCAGCGUGACGGGACGUUCUCGGUCGUACCCAGGAUGGCGGCGGGAGAGGUCACCGCGGACGGUCUCAUCGCCGUGGGGCAGGUCGCCAAAAAGUACAACCUGUACACCAAGAUCACCGGUGGACAGCGAGUGGACCUGUUUGGGGCUCAAAAACAGGACCUGCCCGACAUCUGGGAAGAACUCGUCGAUGCCGGUUUCGAAUCCGGUCACGCGUACGGCAAGUCAUUGCGAACCGUCAAGUCGUGUGUGGGCAGCAGCUUUUGUCGAUACGGGAUCGGCGACUCGGUCGGUCUCGCCGUGCAACUCGAGGACCGUUACAAGGGGAUCCGAUCGCCUCACAAGAUCAAGGGAGGUGUUUCGGGGUGCGUUCGAGAGUGUGCAGAAGCGCAGAGUAAGGACUUUGGUUUGAUCGCCACGGACAAGGGAUGGAACAUCUACGUCGGAGGAAACGGAGGAGCCAGCCCACGUCACGCCCAGCUCUUCGCCACCGACGUCCCCCCUAACCAGGUCGUCCGGAUCCUCGACCGUUACCUCAUGUUCUACAUCAAAACCGCCGACAAGCUCAUGCGUACCGCUCGCUGGAUGGAGAGUUUCGAUGGCGGGAUCGACAAGUUGAAAAAGAUCAUCUUGGAGGACGAGCUUGGGAUCUGUGACGAGCUCGACAAGUCGAUGGAUGCUUUGGUCGGGACGUACGAAUGCGAAUGGACCCGAGUCGUCAAGGAGCCUCAUCGUAGGAAACAAUUCCGACAGUUCGUCAACACCCCCGAACGAGCUCGGAACAUCGAGGUCAUCACCGAGCGUAACCAACCCCGACCUGCCGAUUGGCCUAAAGAGUUCCCCACGGUCAAGAUGACCGAGAGCAUGAUUGACGCCGACAAGGACGAAUGGAGCUGGCAACAGGUCUGCAGGAUGGAGGAUCUGAACCCGACCGAGGGAGCGACGACGUCUUGUUCGGUCAAGAUUGGGGAUAGUCAGAUUGCCAUCUUCAACGUACCCAAAAAGGGGCUGUUCGCUUCCCAGCAACAGUGUCCGCAUAAACGGGCGAUGGUGCUCGAUCAUGGGAUUAUCGGGGAGGACAAGGACAAGAACCCUUACGUCUCAUGUCCCUUGCAUAAACGGAACUUUAACCUCAAGUCGGGGAACUGUCUGAACGAUGCCGACUUGUCGAUCGUCACCUUCCAAGCUAAAGAACAGGAUGGCGACAUUUACCUGUACUUGCCACCCGGUCAAGCUCUGGACGCGGCGAUCGGGACUUCGAAGUGGAUGGUCACCAAAGCAACAGCCGAACUCUAUGGACGAGGCGCAGCUACAGCCGUCGCGCUCAAGGACAAGGCGUUGCAGCUGGUAGGACCCAAGGACGAGGUCAACCCGAACAGGGGGGCUAUGCCGGGGAAGACGUUGAGCGCGUGUUCGAACCCGGGACUCGAUUGGUAGAUGCAUAGAGCGGCAGGCGAAUGAGACACGAUAGACGACGAGAUACGACUUGAACGAUAGGUAGUUGUAAAAGACGCGCGCCCGUGAGAUACGCAGUAUCAGAACUUGUAUACAAUCAGAAGAACACGAUUCGUUCCAAAGA